UCUCUUUCGUUAUUAUUCAACGAAGGACGAUUUGCUGGCGUCAAUUGUACAACAACAACAACUGGAAAAAAACAAGGAUUAUCAAUAAAUAGCAAGUCAAAUCAAAAUACCCAAAGGGUCUUUUUUUCCCCUUCCCACCCAUUUAUCUCACAAUAGAGCGCCCUGCUUUUAUUUUACCCAUUAUAUCACUAGUCCUGGCCUCUUGCUUACUUCCUGAUACACUACAGUUUUUUUGUCACCUCCAUCUCUGCUCUUUGUCAUACACCCGUUGCGUAUCCAUACAUAGAUCAUGGCCUCCUCUUUUGUGCUUCCAAAACUGUUAUACAUAUGCUUGUAUGCUUUGCUCGGAUCCGCGAUACCCUACCUGUCUCUUUUUUACGAUGAAGCACUGCAUUUACCUUCCAAACAAAUAGGUAUGGUGUUAGCCAUUGCCCCCUUUGUCCAGUCAGUGGCGUGUCCCAUUUGGACGGUCGUAGCCGAUCGACGACCACAAUGGCAUGGCCCGCUCAUGGCUAUUCUUGCUGCCAUUGGUGGUGUGAGUGUCAUGAGUCUCAUGUUUCUCCCGGGAUGGCUGGUGAAGAACGACAGCACCUCUUCUUUCCUGGAAUCGCCUGAUACCGAGUCGUUGACGCUUAUGGUGACAGCGGCGCUCGCUCUUGUUUUCGCGUUUUUCGGUCAACCCGUCACCGCUUUGGUCGACAGUGCGGUGCUCAAAAUGCUCGGGGAUCAAAAGAUUUUAUAUGGCAACCAGCGAUUGUGGGGUUCCAUUUCCAAUGGGGUCAAUAUUUUGAUUGUCGGUCUUUUGAUCAGCAAGGUGGGUAUCAACGUGGCUUUUUACGUGUUUGCCGCCGGGGUCACUUCGUUUGUCGUUCUUGCACUCUUCACCAAAGUGACCGAUAGCAAGGAAGAAACCGCGUUUUUCGUGCCUCCCCAGGAUGACAUGGUCCAAGACCAAAGACAACCACUUUUGAAAUCACCCAAUCAUCCUAUCCGUAGCAACUAUGUGAAUCCGCAUGAACCGGAACUGCCACUCUCAACGUCCGUCCGUUCCACUUCCUUCUUUUCAGCGCUUACCAAUGUCUUAUCGGGUCACAGUGUCGACCAGCGACCUCCGCGAGUAUCCAAUUACGCCUAUGAACCCGAAGAAGCCAUGGCGCGUCGCAACAGUUGCGCGAGUCACGCUAACACUGUGUUCUUGGAAGAUGAUAAUAACCAUUUGCAUCUCUUACGAACCACCACUACUUCCAUUGCAGCACGUGAUCUUCAAAACGAGGCCAACGAACUCAUGUCCAACAUGGAUCAAUUUCCUCCACUGGGUUUGGCUCUGUCACAUAUUCCUUCCAUCGAUGUUUCCUUGGCCGGUUUUGCCGCUGUGGGGGAUCCCGACACGCAGCCGAUUGAAAAGUCACAAUUGCGAUCGCCCAAAGUCUGGACGUUCCUUGUCACGACAUUGUUGUUCGGUAUUUCGUACUCCAUGAUUGCCCAGUUUCUAUUUCUGUUCCUACGCAACGAUCUUGGCAUGGAAUCGGCUCUGAUUGGCUGGACAGGACCUAUCGGUGGCGUGGCUGAAGUUUCUACAUUCUACGUUUCCAAACAGCUUGCUGAUAAUUACAGUAUCACGGCGUUGAUUACGUUUGCUCACGUUAUUCUCGUGGCUCGCAAUAUGGUGUAUACAUUAUUACAACCGUCUCAAUUGGUUUCCACGGCGGUCGCUUUAGGCAUGCAACUGGUGAAUGGUAUGUCGUACGCUCUGAUGUGGGCGCUCAGCGUCAAUCAGGUGGACUCCUUCUUUGCUGAGGAUCAGCGUUCAAUGGCACAGGGGAUUCUGGCUGCGUUGUUCUCCGGUCUCGGGUUUGGUCUUGGGUGCAUCUUUGGCGGUUUUGUUUACGGGCAGUACGGUGCUAAUAUGCUUUUUGAAGUGUCAGCUGCCAUUGCGCUUCUCAGCCUUGGCGUCUUUUUGCUGGGUCGAUGGUCACGCUCAUGAAAUAUAUACAAGUUUAAAUGUAUCUAAUAAUAAAAAUAACACUGCAUGCACGGCAUAACACUAAUUAUCC